AUGAUGAUGAUUUGGGCGAUUUCUGGUGUUUAUGUGAACGCUUUCGUGGAAAUUUACUUGCACGAGACUGUGUUCGGCCCGAAUCAACUUGAAUAUGAGCCGCUUUGGGAUAUCUACGAGCUAUUUGGCGAGGAAAGAAAUGGAAUCGAUGGACUGUUUUCUUUCACCGAGAGAGCGAUGCUUUUCUUCCUGAUUUGCUAUAUCUUUCUUCUUGCUCUUAGCCCGAAUCGCCAAGUUAUCAUUCGAAGAUUCUGCUUCCUCGGUGGACUCAUCUAUUUUUACAGAGCGCUUUUUAUUUCGGUAACAACUUUGCCCCCUACAAGAAAACUAGUUGGAGAAUGCUCAAGACCACAAACUUCAGGAACGAUUGGAGAGCUCCUCAUACGGACUUUCUUCUUUGUUUUGACGGGCGGGUUCAAAAUGAAUCAAGAUGGAAACAACAUUUGCGGGGGUUAUCUUUUCUCCGGCCAUACAUCGAUCAUCAUCCUGUUCUCCCGAUUCGUUUGCAACUAUUCUUCAAAAAAGCUGCCAAGGAGCUUCAAAUAUGGACUGAAGGUGUUGGAAGUUUUGUCAAUCGUUUGCAUCAUUCUUGCACAUGAGCAUUAUACAAUCGACAUCAUAACUGCCUGGUUCUUGAUGACAAGAGAAAUGUGGAUUUAUACUUCUUUACUACAAACUCAAGACGAAAAUUUGAACGAAAAUAUCGCUCUUACAAAUGUCUGGUGGUCGAGUUUCUUCGAAUGGAUCGAAGAGGACUUGCCUCGAGAUGAAUUCUACCUGCCGAAAGAAAACUUCUAG